AUGCGAUUAUCCAAUUGUCCCAACUUUACCGCCGAGGACCACAUCAACGACAACUACAACGUCGACCACAACUACAACCACGACCACAACUACAACUUCAACUACAAAAACAACCACAACUACAACAUCCACCACAACUACAACUACAACUCCCCUUGCUCUGACCCUUGCGAUGGAGUCGAACACUGCUUCAAUAUUGUCAACGGAUGCGCCAUCGCCCCUGCCCAAAAUAAUCUCCUCGCGACCGUGCCAGCUGCUUUGGGCUACAAAGCCUCUGCUGAAGUUUUCUGCGACCAUAGCGCGCCACUUAACUCGGAAUACACGACCAUUCUUCGGCUCGGUGCAGCCAACGAUUACGGCGAACCCGGCGACCGGACUUUUCUUCUUAUGCGAGAAUAUAAUGGCAAUCGGAUUAAGUUUGCAAUCAAUCAUCCAGACAAUGCUCCGACUUGGGCCCAUCAGAUAUACACGGAUGUCACUUGUACUGACGGGCAAUGGAGCACCUACACAGUCGAAGUCACGGAUGCUGGAAACGGACAAGUCAACUACGUCGCGAGUGUCGACGGAAGCCCCGUUAUGGAGGGAAGUUAUGCCUCGAGCGGAUCGAAAACAACCGGCAAUCUGACAGCAUACGUCGCUGACAAUUACCAAGCAGGCCCUGCUUCUGCCUACAGAGUCAGAAACUUCUUUUACCAAACAUCGACUACACCAUCGACGACAUCAUCGACUACAACCACAACUACAACAACAACUACAACUACAACAACAACUACAACCACGACCAGAACAACUACUACAACCACGACCACAACAACUACUACAACCACGACCACAACAACAACUGAGCCAACAUCACCUCCUUGCGAGACAGACCCAUGCGCUGACCUUGAAAACUGCCAGACCAUUGUGAAUGGCUGCAUGAUUUCGCCAGUGAAAAAUAAGCAACUUGGCACCGUCUCCGCCGCUGUUAACUACAAGUUUUCCGCUGACGUUCUUUGCACUCACCCGUCAAAGCCGCAUGCUGGCUUAGGAAACAUCAUUCAUGUGACUGCGGGAGGAAAUAGCGGAAAUGCAGGUGAUCGAAUCUUCGCACUUUGGGGAUUUGGCAACGAGAAUAUCUUUUACUACGCUGUUGAGCAUGCUGAAGGAGAUAUUAAGUCGAAGGAGGGAGUACAUGAUUGCGUUCAAGGCUCUUGGAACACAUACGCAGUCGAAGUAAGACAAACCGAUGGAAACCCUCACGCUGUGCGAUAUGUCGUUAGUUUCGAUGGUAAACAAAUCGCCGAAGGAACGUAUAAUCAUGCAGACACCGUGACGACUGGUGAUCUUCAGGUUUACGUGUCUGAUGACUGGUAUGAUGCAGGAUCGUCAUUUUCCGUCCGGAAUUUCUUCUACCAAACUUUUUUGCCUGCUUGCGCCGUUGAUCCAUGUGAUGGGAAAGAAAAUUGUCACACCAUCGUCAACGGAUGCGACAUCGCCCCUUCCGAAAAUAAUCUCCUCGCGACCGUUCCAGCUGCUUUGGGCUACAAAGCCUCAGCUGAGGUGUUCUGUGAUCAUAGCGCUCCACUAAACUCGCAAUUCACGACUGUUCUUCGGCUCGGUGCAGGCCCCGAUUACGGCGAAGCCGGCGACCGGACUUUUCUUCUUAUGCGAGAAACGAGUGGCAAUCGAAUUAUUUUUGCAAUCAAUCAUCCAGGUGAUUCGGCUCAUCAGCAAUACACGCACAUCACUUGCACUGAUGGGCAAUGGAGCACCUACACAAUCGAAGUCACGGAUGCUGGAAACGGACAAGUCAACUACGUCGCAAGCGUCGACGGAAGCCCCGUUAUGGAGGGAAGUUACGCCUCGAGCGGAUCGAAAACCACCGGCGAUCUGAAAGCAUACGUCGCUGACAAUUACCAAGCAGGCCCUGCUUCUGCCUAUAGAGUCAGAAACUUCUUUUACCAAACUUAUUAA